GUAAAAAUUGUGAAAUAAAAAUGGCUCGUACUAAGCAGACUGCUCGUAAAUCGACCGGAGGCAAGGCGCCUCGUAAGCAGCUGGCAACUAAGGCCGCUCGUAAGAGUGCGCCAGCCACCGGGGGUGUGAAGAAGCCUCAUCGUUAUCGCCCCGGUACUGUUGCCCUGCGUGAGAUCCGUCGUUACCAGAAGAGCACAGAGUUGCUGAUCCGCAAGCUGCCUUUCCAGCGCUUGGUGCGUGAAAUUGCUCAGGAUUUCAAGACCGAUCUGCGUUUCCAGAGCUCCGCUGUGAUGGCACUGCAGGAAGCUAGUGAAGCCUACUUGGUUGGCCUGUUCGAAGAUACUAACUUGUGCGCUAUCCAUGCCAAGCGUGUCACCAUCAUGCCGAAAGAUAUUCAGCUGGCCAGACGUAUUCGUGGCGAACCAACGCUUUCCGUUAGACGAGCUCUCACGCGACCGGUUAUUCAGCAGCAGCUGUCAUCCCUUAACGGAACGAGUGGCAAAGUUAAGGGAAAGGCAAAGUCUCGUUCCAACCGCGCUGGUCUUCAGUUCCCCGUUGGCCGUAUUCACCGUCUGCUUCGCAAGGGCAACUAUGCCGAGCGUGUUGGUGCUGGUGCUCCUGUGUACUUGGCUGCUGUGAUGGAGUACUUGGCCGCUGAAGUUUUGGAGUUGGCUGGUAACGCAGCCCGUGACAACAAGAAGACUAGGAUUAUCCCUCGUCAUCUGCAAUUGGCCAUCCGCAACGAUGAGGAGUUGAACAAACUGCUUUCGGGUGUCACCAUUGCCCAGGGCGGUGUUUUGCCUAAUAUUCAGGCUAAAUGCUGUAUUGAGUAUCUUCACAUGAGCAAAGAAUCUACACUGCUCACGUGUGAAAAUUGUGAAAUAAAAAUGGCUCGUACUAAGCAGACUGCUCGUAAAUCGACCGGAGGCAAGGCGCCUCGUAAGCAGCUGGCAACUAAGGCGGCUCGUAAGAGUGCUCCAGCCACCGGCGGUGUGAAGAAGCCUCAUCGUUAUCGCCCCGGAACUGUUGCCCUGCGUGAGAUCCGUCGUUACCAGAAGAGCACAGAGUUGCUGAUCCGCAAGCUGCCUUUCCAGCGCUUGGUGCGUGAAAUUGCUCAGGAUUUCAAGACCGAUCUGCGUUUCCAGAGCUCUGCUGUGAUGGCACUGCAGGAAGCUAGUGAAGCCUACUUGGUUGGCCUGUUCGAAGAUACUAACUUGUGCGCUAUCCAUGCCAAGCGUGUCACCAUCAUGCCGAAAGAUAUCCAGCUGGCCAGACGUAUUCGUGGCGAACGUGCUUAAAUUGUGACAACGUUGUGCGUUGUGCUUGACAAGCAUCAAAUUAUCAAACAAAUCGGUCCUUUUCAGGA